AUGUAUUUCGCGUUUGCGUUUAUUUACCUCAAUGCUGCCGGCGCUAUAGCUUCGACUGCGGCCACUGGUUUAGCAGAUCCACGCCAUUACCGUUCUCAAGUUGACAGUAAUUUAGGCGGUCAUUUAAACAGACGCGCCCAUCUGGAUGGCCUUUCAGAAUGCCCCGAUACACAAGCGGUUCAAAACGCCAUACACGGCUGCUAUGAUCUUGCGGAUGAGGGCUCCCAUGCGGCCAGGAAUAAUGAUAAAUUGUUCAAAGUGAUUUUCAAAACCGAAGACCCAGACACCAAACGACAUGUUGAGAGUAAUUUCGAGAAACUUAAAGAAGCGUGCAGUAGCGAUUCGCACAAAGUGUCUGUAACUUGUCGGGACCCAAGCGAAAUGUGUCGUUUCCACGGUCCACUUUGCCAGGAGCCGCGAUAUUACCGCUAA